AUGUCAACAUCAGCAGAUUCCGAUAAAAUCAAACUUCGACUUCAUUAUUGGGAUUGUCGUGGUCGUGCUCAAGCAUUUCGUUAUAUGCUUGAAGAUAUUGCAUAUACACAUAAAAAUCUUGAUUAUAAAGAGGACUUUGAAGCAUGUGAAACAAUAUCAAACACAUGGGGAGAACGUAGAACAGAUCAUACAAUAUCUGGUCCAUUUCGAAGUUUACCAGUUCUUCAUUGGAAUGAUACACAUACAUUUGGACAAACUUUAACAAUAGCACAUAUCUUAGCAAGAAAAUUUAAUCUCUAUGGAAAAACUACAUCAACAUACAAUGAUCCAAUUUUAUUAGAAGGUUAUAUCAAUGGUAUUGUUACUUGUGCAUAUACUGAUGUUAUAACAAAUAUAUUACAGGCAAUUUGGGCUACACCUGAUAUUGAAGAUAUGCAUAGUCCAGGAUAUUUUCAAAUUGCAAUGGCACGAGAUAAUCUUGAAUCAUUAAAUAAAAUACUUAAACAAAGUUCAACAUCAUUUUAUUAUAAUCAAACAGAACCAACAAUUGCUGAUUAUUUUGCAUUUGAAGCAUAUUUAAUGACUCGUAAUAUGCAUCGGAAAUUAUUACCAACUAAUUGUGAAGCAUUAGAAAAACUUGAACAAAUUAUGAAAGAACGACCAGCAUUAGCAAACUAUUUUCAAAAUAAUCGAUUAUUCAAACGUAUAACAGCCGCUCCUCAUGAAGAGGAAUAUUUACAAAAACUUUCGAAAAUUAAAUAA